ACACAGGCCAGUCAGAGACUCCGAGAGACACCAAGAAACUGUUCAUAAUGUCACACAGAAAAGUUCAGACUAUCAAGAUACCCAGAGCAGCCAUCAGCUUUAAUCUCCUCAACCGAAUCUGUAAGCUGGUGGUGCUGCUCUGUAUCGUCCACAUUGUUGUCACUGUGAUUUUCUACAUCAUGUCUCUGGACAUCAGGACUACCUUUGUCCCGAACCAGCAGUCCAAUAAUGUGAACUUUUCAAGGCAUCUUAGAAACACAAGCUACGGCUAUAUUAAUCUGACUGAAGUGUUGGAAGAAGAGGAACAGCUGCAGGGUCACCCCAAAAAGGAUCCACUGCCCCGGAGAGAUAAACCGCUGGAGCAAUGUCCCGAAACUUCGCCACUGCUGAAGGGCCCUUUGGAAGUGGACCUUAACAAAUCAAUCACUCUGGAGGAAGUCAAAAAGGAAAACCCCAACUUGAUGACCGGCGGAUGUUUCCGACCCAAAGACUGUAAGGCGCAGCAGAAGGUGGCCAUCAUCAUCCCCUUCCGCAAUCGCGAGCAACACCUGAAGUACUGGCUGCACUACCUGCACCCCAUCCUGCAGCGGCAGCAGCUGGAGUACGGCGUCUACGUCAUCAAUCAGUAUGGUGAUGGCAUGUUCAACAAGGCCAGACUGAUGAACUCAGGCUUCAUGGAAGUGCAGAAGGAGUAUGACUACGAGUGCUUCGUCUUCAGUGAUGUGGACAUCAUCCCAAUGAACGACUACAACAUCCACAAGUGUUUCAGUCAACCUCGUCACAUCGCCGUGUUGGUGGACAAAUUUGGCUUCCAGUUACCGUAUACCUGGCUUGUUGGUGGCAUUAUCGCAAUGAGUAAGGAACAGUUCCAGAAGAUUAAUGGCUUUUCCAACAACUACUUUGGCUGGGGAGGAGAGGAUGACGACCUCUACAAGAGGAUUGUGGGUAAAGGCAUGUCCAUCUCCAGACCCAGCAGUGAGGAGGGAAAAUGUCGGAUGAUUCAACACAACAGAGAUCUACAGAAUCAGCCAAACCCAAACCGAUUUCACUAUCUCGCACGUGCCAGACAAGACAUGGACAAAGACGGCAUCAACUCAUUGUCCUACACAGUCAUAAAUGUCGACAGAAAUGAACUCUACACCAACAUCACAAUUGAUGUGGGGAAGCCUGAUGAUCAUGUAACCUGAGCAAAGAAAACAAAUCAGCAAAAACAAAAAUACUUCUUUUACAUUUGGAAAAGUUUUUGAUUUGAUGUGGAUCAGAACACAGGGUCCUACAGUGAAGUAAAAAUAGCCAGGCUGUCUUUGAGCAAAUCCUAAAGUCACAACUGGAGCUAUAGCACAUCCAGAAGGUCGUCACACUGCUUCACUUUUUACACAUUUUAUGUUACAGCCAGUGGUGGGC